GCCGGUCAUGUGCUCCGCCUCGGCCGCGAAACUUGGCCCCUGGGCGACCGUGGGGCGACCGUAAUUUGACCGCUCGUGGCUAUGCCGCUGACAGUCACACUCAAGCAGAACGAUGAUGGCUCGGCGCUACAACUGGCGCAUUGCUUGGGCGGUGCUGGUGAUGCUGUGGAUGUCAUCACAUCGUGCCGAGUCGCUCUCAGCAUCAUCACCACCGCAUCACAGCAACACCACACUCCAGAACUCUCUUCCGAGCUUGCAUCUCUCGAAUUCCUCCCUGAUUAUACCGCGCCGUCGAAGUUCUAAACGAAAACUCGAGUUUUUGUCUCGGCCGGAAGAAGUUCCUUUUAUAUUGCUAGACUUGAGCUCUACACCCUCGAUAGACUUUCCGAAUUCAUCGGUGGACCUAAAAAGUGUAUCGGAAAAAUUUCCAAGUGUACCCAAUGACACAGUCACCUCGCGGCAGCUGGACGCUGCAGAAAAACUUUUAGAAGACUCGAGUCGAACGGAAGAUUUUAACGGUGAAAGCCAAAUGAAGUCAGCUGUAAACCGGAGUUCUCUUGCGAAAUCUCGGCUUGAAAAUGCUGCAGAAAAUGUCUUAGAUUCUGUGUUAGAAGGUGUCAAGAGCGACGCAAGUAGACGAGUUACGUGGACUCGGAAAAAAGAGCUAGGCUGGGCUAGAAGUAAUUCUUAUGUAAAUACGCAGAACUUGUCUAAAGACUUAGGAAAUAAUAAUUUUAUAAUUGACGACAUUCCGAUCCAAUCAACGAGACUUGAUAAAUUCUACAAAGAUGGAGGGAGCAGAAAUUUUUAUAACCGCCUCCCGGCUCCACACUCAAUCACGAAUCCUCAUUUCGGUGAUCCCCACGACCAGAAGCUCUACCACAGCUUCGACGUGGACAUUUGGGACCACCCGCGAUUCUCGCGGUAUUCGGAAGGUUCCAAGGAGAAUCCUGACGAUCCUGACGUGUGCCAUAUUGGUAUUAGGUACCCCCGUGUGAGUAAUGGUACCAGGACCAUUUUGAUCGGUGUGCUGAUGACUCAAGUCGGUACCGUCAGGGAGAGGCUUGGGCUGAAGAUCCCGGGUGCCGUGUCCUACGCAGUCAACAAAGUCAACAGCGAACAAAUUCUACCGGACGACUACCAGCUGCAGUUCGAGAUGAAGGACACGCGUGGUGAGGUGGUGGAGAGCACCAAGCACAUCACAGACUUCCUGUGCAACCCAAUCCAUGGCUUCAUCGGCCCUGAGCACACGUGCCAUGUGGAGGCCACCAUCGCAGCAGCCAGGAACCUCCCUAUGAUAUCCUACGCGUGCAGCGACGCUAUAAACUUCGACGAGCAGUUGCUGCACAGCACCUUUGCCCGCACCAACCCCUCGGAGAAACCCCUGCUGCGUGUUACGGUGGAGACGCUGAAGCAUUUCAGCUGGAACAAAUUCAGCAUCAUCUACAUGGAGGAGUUCAGCACCAUGGCUGACACCUUGGAGCAGCUCGCAGCCUUCGACAACCUGACAGUCAACCACAAAAUCGCCGCCACAAACUCAGAGCAGUUCCCUACCAUCAUCUCUGAGACCAAGAAUGAGACCAGAAUCUACGUGUUCCUGGCGCACCGCGGCGAGGUGUACCAGAUGCUGCUCACCAUGUCGCUGUCGGGGCUCAUGAAGCCGCAGGGACAGAGCGAAUAUCUGCUUAUCUACGUCGACCGUGAGGAGAACAAGCCCAGCGACUGGGUGGCGUACAUGUUCGACUCGUCGUCGCCAUUGGCGAUGAACGCGACCGAGCGCUGCCGCACCGAGCGCGACAACCUGCUUCCCUUCGACAGAUCCUUUAUGGUGAUUGGCAACCGCGCCCCUGUCGACACCCUGCACGAGCUCGAAGACCAAGUCAGGGACUACAACACCAAGGAGCCCUUCUGUCUUGGCAUGUACAACGACAAAAAUCUCGUUCGGCGCACCAACGACGGCUUGCACCUGCCGUACCUGUCGCUGUCGUACCUGUACGACGCUGUGGUACAGUACGCAGACGCUGUACGGCGACUGUACCAGCAGCGUAUGGCCGUGUGGCGACAGGGAGAUCGACGCGUGUCCGUCGAAGAGGUGGCCAGCGAUGGCGCGGCCAUAAUCAACCUUCUUAGAAACCACACAUAUACAAGUAUUCUGGGUUACUCGGUAACUAUGGACGGACAGGCGCAGAGUGAAGGUAACUACAGCGUUUAUUUCUUCUACGAGCAUCCCAACUGCAACACCAGCACCAGGAACUUCCCUUGUUCCCACUGCCUCGCUAAAAUCUCUGACUUCGUCGACUACGCCCUAGACACCAACAUCCAGAUCCCGGUGCUGGCAGAGCCGUUGUGNAGGAUAGACAAAAACACUAGUCUUGCGAGCGUCGUGUCGCACGACUUCCACGGUCAACUGUACUUCCCGAGCCUGGCAGACUACCGCGGUACAGUCGUGUGCCUCAAGACCAUCGACAUGGAGCACAAGGCACACAAGAAACCUGACCUCAGUCGACCCAUCAUGAAGGAGAUCAGGAAGAUGCGCGAGAUGCAACAGGACAACGUAUGCAGUUUGGUGGGGGCGUACCUGGAGGGUGGGAGCGUGACGAUUGUGAUGGAGUAUUGUCACCGCGGCUCCUUGGAGGACAUCUUGGAGAACGAGGACAUCAAGCUCGACCUGCUCUUUGUGGCCUCUCUUGUGCACGACUUGCUGCGGGGUAUGCGUUUCUUGCACGGUCACUACGGAGAGCACGGUAACCUCAAGUCGAGUAACUGCGUGGUAACCGGACGCUGGGUGCUACAGGUUACCGACUAUGGCCUGCACGACCUGCGCAAGGAGGCGCUCAAGCACAUCAACUUCGACCAGCUCGACAUGAACACGGAAGACGGGGCGCGCUUCUUGAAAAGUCAGCUGUGGAGGGCACCUGAACUGCUGCGUCAGUCCCCCCUGACGAAAGGCACUCGGGAGGCCGACGUCUACGCCUUCGGGAUAAUCCUGCACGAAAUUAUCGCACGUCAAGGACCUUUUUCAAUAAACAAUGGAGAAGGACCCAAUUACGCUGAUAUCAUCAAUGACGUGAAGGCUGGGCAAACAUCGAGCGGUAAUUUGAAGCGUCCAAGUCUCCUGGACUUGACAGACAAACCGUUCGGCAGCAGUCCCCUCGUCGUGUCUGUCAUGCAGAACUGCUGGCAGGAAGACCCAGCCAAAAGACCGCUCUUCCGAACCAUCAAACUCCAGCUCAAAAAGAUGAUGCCGAACGAAGAGAAACGGCGCGGUAACCUCAUGGACCACAUCGUGAAGCUCCUGCACGAGUACAGCAAGAACCUCGAGGAGCUUGUCUGUAACCGCACCCUCGAGCUCAGGGAGGAGAAGCGCAAGACCGAGGACCUUCUGCACCGCAUGCUGCCACCGACUGUAGCGAGCUGCCUGACGAGCAACCGUCCCGUAGAGCCGCAGAACUUCGACAGCGUCACCAUCUACUUCAGCGACAUCGUCGGCUUCACGGCCCUCUGUGCUGAGAGCACGCCUUUCCAGGUUGUGACAUUUCUGGACGAGUUGUACCGCAUGUUUGACGGCAUCAUCAGCGGCUACGAUGUCUACAAAGUGGAGACAAUCGGGGACGCUUACAUGGUCGUCUCGGGACUACCAACCCGGAACGACAAACAUGCGGGCGAAAUUGCGUCCAUGGCUCUUGAGCUCGUCGAUAAGACAAAAACGCAGUUUGUGAUCCCGCACAAGCCCGAGAUGACGUUGAAGCUCCGGGUGGGGGUACACACGGGCCCCGUGAUGGCGGGGGUCGUGGGGCUGUCCAUGCCCCGCUACUGCCUCUUCGGCGACACUGUUAACACCGCCGCCAGGUUCGAGAGCAACGGCCUUCCUCUACAAAUCCACAUAUCUGAGCCAACGAAGAAAGCACUCGACAAGCUCGGCGGGUACGUCACCGAAGAGCGUGGGCUCGUUGAAAUGAAAGGCAAAGGCCAAGUGCUGACGUUCUGGCUGAAGGCAGCCCUCGACACGGCCAUCCAGAGGCGCGAGACGCCCAAGCACGAGCUGCCCAAGAUGCCGCCGCUCUUCCAAGACGGCGACGGCGAGAUCCGCAGGCGGUCGCCUCGACUGCUCUCAGAUCACAGGAGAUUUUCGCUCGGCGGCAGAUCAUCUAUUACAAGCCGAAGUUUUGAUGGCUCUGGUGAAAUUCUGCUACCUCGACGAGGGGUUCGAGAAGUUUCUCCUUUGUCGCGGGAGUCCCCAAAGGUGAUGACACCUCCCGCGGUGCAGAGACGGAAGAUUAGCACCGGAGUGCGGGCCUCCAGUUUGGAGAUCACGACCAAAGACGGACUUCUUUCACCUCCUGAUUCAAAACGUGGCUGUAGUCCAGACCUCAACACGCGUGCCACACACAGCUUGGAACAACUUCAUUCGGCCGGCCAAGAUCUCAUGUUGGAAAUACCAAAACUGAGAAGCCGGGGUAAUAGUAGAUUUUCCAAUCUGGCCUCUCCGGUUUCAUCGGAGCCUACUUUGCCCGUCGAAGAUGUUCCUCGAGUGAACUUCAGCAAGCAGGUUGGAGACGUGGCGCAGGAUCCUGACCCUGAUGAUAGCGGUGCAUCUUCCGAAGAAAUACGCCCAAUGUUGGAUAAUUCACCAUCAGGUAUCGAGAUUGCUACAACAGAAUCCGAGCCUGGCGACAGAAGAGGAACGAGUAGUGUUCGUUCGUGGCUAACUGGCUUCAUGAAGCCGAAACCAGCAACCAAUAAACUUCCAAUGAAUGGGCUCCACCAUGAAAGCCUUGUCUGAACGAGUGUCAAAAACCCGGUUGGAGAACACGAAUGCAUUCAAGCUGAAUAACUGUAAUAAAGAUCUGACAAAGUAUGUCCAUGCUCGACGCUCGGCAAGAAUUAUCCAGAAUCAGAUAUUCGUGGCCUUUCAAGUCUCAUGAUCCCCCAGUCCUUCGUACUCUGUAGUUUUCUGCAUCCCCAAGUCUCUUGCUCUUCAACCCAUUGUGUGCAGACGGGACCUCUCGCUCCCAGAACUUUGUGUACGAAUAGCAGUAACGAUUAAUGCAUCCUAUACAAAGGGCCUUCGUGCAUCCAAGUCCUACGUCUUGAAUGAUUUCUCUACCUGUUUAUGACUGACGCUCAUGUUUAGUGAUCAAACCGAAAUCAGUAUGAAUGCAUAAGUCGUGCCGAAAUCGCAGAAUGGCCGAUAAUCGGCAGCCAGUUUGCCGA